UUCCUAUUUAUAGUUGCCGAGAGAACAAUUUCUCUUGCUAUCUUCGAACUUCAAACCCAGUGAGCGAAAGCAAAGCACCAAAAAAAUAAAAAUAAAAAUAAAAACAAAAAAUAAAAGAAGAAGAACAGAAGCUAAAAGAACGUUUCGAGGAUAAUGCUAUCCUUGCGCUUCCCUAUUCCGGUCGAGAACGUUCUCUCUCCCGCUAACCCCAGACACUCGCUCUCCUACACCUCCAGAAACCAAACACACCUCUUCCAUUCGCUUCCUCUUCACGAACCCAAGCAGCUACAACAACGCAGUCGCAGACCUCGGGCGACCUCAGCGGAUGUGGGACUCAAAGAACAGGAGCAAGAUUUGAACGAAGAAGCUUCUGUUUUCAGAGACUCACCAGAGGAAGAGCCAUUGCCGGAGGGUCUGCGGCGAGAUUUGAUGCCGAGGCACGUGGCGGUGAUUAUGGAUGGCAACGUGAGGUGGGCGAAACGGAGAGGGUUGCCUUCCGGUGCCGGUCACGAGGCCGGCGUACGGUCACUGAGAGAGAUAAUUGAGCUUUGUGGGAGGUGGGGGGUCCAGGUCCUCACUGUUUUCGCAUUUUCUUACGACAAUUGGAUUCGGCCUAAGGUGGAAGUUGAGUUCUUGAUGAGUUUGUUCGAAAGGGUAAUAAAGUCUGAAUUGGAGACUUUUGCGAGCGAAGGUAUCCGAAUAUCGGUAAUUGGGGAUACAUCAAAACUCCCCACGUCUUUGCAGAAACUGAUAUCUGAUGCAGAGGAGAAAACAAAAGAAAACACUCAACUCCAACUCAUUAUUGCAGCUAGCUACAGUGGGAAGUAUGAUGUUAUGCAAGCUUGCAAAAGUAUUGCACAUAAAGUAAAAGAUGGCCUUAUUGAAGUUGAAGAUAUCGAUGAAAAUUUAAUCGAACAGGAAUUGGAAACCAACUGUACCGAGUAUCCAUACCCUGAUCUCCUUAUACGAACCAGUGGCGAACUUAGAGUGAGCAAUUUCUUGUUGUGGCAGUUGGCCUACACUGAGUUUUUCUUUGCUCCAGCGCUCUGGCCUGAUUUUGGGAAAGCUGAGUUUGUAGAAGCCUUGACUUCGUUUCAGCAGAGGCGAAGACGCUUUGGUGGGCGUUCAUAGAUCGUUAUCAGUUUCAAGAGCCUAUUGAAUAAACCCUUUUAAUAUUAUUUUUAUGGAGCUUUACGAUUAUAUAAAGCUCUUAGAAUUUAUCAUAUACUUGCUCUAAAGUACAAGAAUCAAGAAUUAUUCAUCAAAAAAUAAAAAAAUAAAAAAAUCAAGAAUUAGACGCUACUCCUUUAGGCAACUUUGUCAGCAUCAAAAAAGUGUUGGAUGUAUAGGUAUAUAAUGUAUAUAUACACACUAAUGUAAUUUCCCAAGCAUGGGUUUAAUUGCCA